AUGACGACGCUACGCUGGGGUCUGCUCUUUAUGCUCAAAUACCCUCACGUCCUACGGAGAGUGCAGGCCGAGAUUGAUGACGUCAUCGGACGAGGAAGGCUACCAUGCAUGGCGGACCAAGACAACAUGCCGUACACGCGUGCGACAAUAACCGAAGUGCAGAGAGUAGCGGACAUUGUUCCUCUGAGCGUGCCACACAGAACGACUACCGAGUUACAGCUAGGAGGCUACGUCAUCCCCGCCGGUACGGCGAUCCUUGCUAACCUCACGGCCAUCCUGAACGACCCGAAACACUUCCCCGAACCGGAGAAGUUUCGCCCGGAGCGCCACCUGGACGAGCGUGGAGACUUUGUGAAAAACCAAGCGCUGAUCCCGUUCUCCAUUGGUGAGAUUACUUGCACGGCCGCAAGAUGGCGACACCAGGGCAAGGAGAAUACAGUGACGUCACCCGUCAAAAGACUGCAGCGGUGA